AUGGCCAAGGAAAAGGGCGCGGCGCCGUCGCGACGGCUUCCCGGCAGGAGCGGUAGAGCAAGCUUCGAAGGAGACCAGGUAGCAGCGGAGGGUGCGGGAGUGCGCAGCGCACCUUCCAACGAUGAUGAUGAUGCAUACGCUGCUGGCCGGGCGCAGCAGCAGUCGGACGUUGGCAGCGGGAGUGUACCCGAUGCUGCUGCUGCUGCUGCUGGCCCGCCCGCAGCAACCCCGGCCAAGAAGGGCCGCGGCAGGCCCAGGAAGAAGCCCUUAGAGCCUCCUCCCUUGUCCGCCAAGGAAGAACAAGACCCCGAGGUAGCAGCCAUCGUCGCCAGAGCGUCGCCGAGCUCUUCGCCGCGGACAGUGGGAGGGUGGGAGUCAGGGCCGGUGCCAGGGAGGCACGCGGUUGCGAUACCGAAGAGGGACGAGGGCAACAAAGCGGGUGCAACCGCGGCGGUGAAGGACGACAAUGAGGCGGCGGCGGCGGCGGCGGCGGCGGAGGGGGACGGAGCGGAUGGAAACGAGUCGGACGAGUGGUCGGAUCACGACGAGGUCCACUACCUCCCUCGCGAGGUCAAGGCACAGUUUGGGCAGGUGGUCUGGGCGAAGAUGGGCAAUCCCCCAUGGCCGGCCCUGGUGUGGGAUCCGAGGUUCUUGGGCAAUGACAAGAUCGCCCGUGGCGUAGCCCGGAUGGCCUACGCCGCCGUCGGCAAGAGCCACCUGGUCAAGUUCUACACCACCUCCAAGAACCCCUUCGCCUGCGUGCCCUACAAGAGAAUCAAGCCUUUCGACGCGACUGAGCUGCCGACCCACCUGAAGGCUUGCAAGGUCACGAAGAAGAAGGAUACCCUUAAGGAGGACGUGCAGGCCGCUGUCGAGGCGUCUCUUCUCACCAAGUCGGAAAGGCUCGCCGAGAUCCACAUGGUGGGCCGCUGGACCGGGAACAAGAAGAACAGCAGUACACCCAAGAAGGCGAACAAUACCGCGGCCAGCCAAACACCGACGGCCGCAUCUGCGGAGCCCCCUAAGAAGCGAGGUCGAGGCCGUCCGCGGAAGACGCCGCUACCGGUCAAGGAGCUGGACGCGGACCCGCCGUCGCCGGUGUCCUCUGCGGGGGUCGAGUACGAGCUGCCCGUGCCGGAGGCGGAGGAGGGGGCGGAGGAGGAGGAGAAACAGGAGGACGGAGCUAUGGAGGAGGAGGAGGAGGAGGCGGCGGAAGAGGAGGAAGAGGAGGAGGAGGAGGAGGAGGAAGAGGAGGGAGGGGGUGAUGACGACGACGAGGAGGAGUACACGGUGGAAGGCGAGCCGGAGGAGGAAGACGACGAGGACGACAAACUUUCGGACGAGGACUUCGUUGCCGCGAAGGCUGGCGGGGGGCGAAAGAAGAAAGGUCGCGGCCGGCCUCGCAAGAACGGCGGCGGCGGCGGCGGCGGGAAGAAAAAGGCCAAGAGGCCCCGUCCCUCCUCGCCUUCCGCCAGCGACGGCGCCGGCAGCGACACUUUAUCCGGGGGGGAAGCACCGGUCAACAGCAGCGGCAAGAAGCGCGGGCAGGGCGGUAGCGUGGAGCCCGGCCGGGCGAAGGCGCGGGCGCUAGCGGUGGUGAGGAAGUACGUCGCCGGCCUUCCCCCUACGGAGUACGGGCGGGAUGAGGGGUGGAUACCUUCCAAGGAAGAGGCCGCCCGCGAAGCCUCAGCAAGAGCCGGGGAGAGCGGCGGUGGGGGCAGCUCGGGAGGGGGAGGGGCGCGUGGGGGUGGGAACAAGAGGGACAGGGCGGGUGGCGGGGGUGGUGGGGAAAAGAAGGCGAAGAAGUUAAAGGCGUCCGAGGAGCGGCAGAGGGAAGAAGCUGAGCGAAAGGAACGGCUGACGCAGAUGAAGAGCUCGUCGGAGCCCAUCUGGAAGCAGCACCGCCGUAUGAAGGAGGAGCAAGGGAAGGAGAGCGGCGGUGGCGGCGGAGGGGGGACAUCAGACGGCGCAGCAGCAGACCGGGCUCCGUCGAGGUCUCGAACCCCGCCCGAUUCGGCGCAGCAGGGGUCGUCGUCGAAGAAGGAGAGAGUGGGCGAGGAGACCCCUCGCUCGCGGAGCCCGAAGCCAGAGACCGGCGGCGUUCCGAGAGAAGGAGGAGGGCGGGAGCCGAAGAGAGAGAACGGCGGGAAGGGGGGAUCGCCGCGAGGGAGUUCCGGAGGUGGGCGGUACGGCGGCGGCGGCGGGCGGGAAGAGGGGUCUGCCGGCGGCGAGGGCGCGGCGGCGGUUAAGAAGGAAGCUACCAAGGAGGUGAAGAAGGAAGCCAAGAAGGAGGUGGCUCCCGCUGCUGCUGCUCCCGCUGCUCCCGCUUCCGCGAAGAUCUCCACAGCCGUCGCGAAGGACGAGGGCCGAGAGAUCAGCAAGGAGUACCUGCGACGGCUACGCACGGCCGUGUUCAGCAUGGAAGGCUCGGACAGUCAGAAGCUGCGGGACAAGGUCAUGUCGGGAUACGUUGUCUCCAGUGAUUUCGUGUCGAAAUCUUGCGAAGAGCUUCGCGCGAUGGCAGGCCUGACGUAA